AUGUCUGUUCGUAAGUCUGUGAGGAAGUCCACUAGUGAACACACGAGGAAAACGUUCGAGCGUUUGCAGGAGCGCCAGCAGGAGGCGCCGCGCCGCAGGAAAGCCAAUACUGAACCGGUGCUGAGCCAGGAAGAACUGCUGAAAGAGGCUCAGAUCACAGCCCAGAGUAACCUGCAGUCUUUAGAGAACUACGAGCGUCUGGAGGCGGAUAAGAAGAAGCAGGUCCAUAAGAAGAGACGUUUUGAGGGACCGACGGUUCGCUAUCACUCUGUACUGAUGCCCCUCGCUACAGACGCCCUGCUGAAGGAGGAGAACGUGGACGUGGAGGGGCUGGAUCAGGACACGCCUCAGUCCAGCUCGUCCUCCGGGGCGGUGGGGACGAGGUCCCUGUGCUCCCGAACCUUCAUCACCUUCAGCGACGACGAGGCCUUCAGGACCGCCUUCCCCCAGGUGUCCUCCCCUGACCCCGCCCUCCCCGUGCAGGAGGUGUGUCCUGUUACCCACAAGCCCGCGCUGUACCGCGACCCGGUGACCGACAUCCCGUACUCCGACUCCCGCGCCUUCCGCAUCAUCCGAGAGGCGUACCGGAAAUACAUCUCCGCCCACGGUUUCCCCGGCAACAGCGACUCCGCCCAAUCAGCAGGGGGCAGCAGUGCACCCGCCAAGACUCUCAAACCCAAAACACUGAUUAAACAGGGGCUGGUUACAGCGUAACACACACCCAGUAUACACAAACACUUACACAUACACUAUACUCACUAUACACACACUAUACACACUUAUACACACACACACACACUAUACACACACACACUA